GUGUUUAGUGUGUAUCUGACAGUUGUGGGGGAUGUAUGUGUUACAACUCUCUCUCUCUCCUAGACUUGUUUAAGUUCCAGCAUCUCCCUUCAUCAUUUAAAAAGGAAAUAGUGAUAGAUGGUGUAAGAGAAUCGUGUUGGAGAGGAGAGUUCCACUGUACCAUCCCUCUUGUAUAGUGGGAUUUAUGGUACACGGACAUAAUGUCUUCAAAUGGCGAGCCACCCACGUCUCAGGCAUUUACACCUUUUUGGAUUGCUGGGCCAGGCUCCCCAUCUGCCCCAGUGGUCGGUAAUCCUGUUGCCAAUCCUGUUCCCAGUAGUGACCUGGGAACUCUAGGACCUGCAGGUGUGGCCAGCACAGUGCAACCCACUAUGUCACAAGAUAUCACAACUAUGGCCAAUGCCGUCCCUCACGAUGACUUCACAAAUGGGCUGCCAGAGGCACAGCCACCACCACCACAGCCUCAACAACCAGGGCCUCCAGAUCCUCAGCCCCUAGUUGAAGCACCUCAGUCAGAGCCCACACUAGAAGCUCCUCAGGUGCAGCCUACCCCCACUGAAGUCUCAGUUGAUGGCAACCCUCCAGCUUGUUCUAGUGGUGCCCCAACCAAGUUCUUCCACACAAAUGUUGAGGAUGAAGAGGAGAACAUCAUGGACAAGAAAAAGAAGUGCAAAGUACAGCGUAGAAGACUUUCCCCAUCCCAUAGAGAAAUGAUUAUUGACCUUGUAUUUAAUGAAAAGAAAACAUCUAGAGAGGUUGCACGCUACAUGGGAUUGCCACAAUCAACAGUUAUGUCUGUAGUACAAGUUUUUAAGAAGGAGCACCGAAUACACAAGAAGACAGCUACAGGCCGCAAGCGUCGCCUUACAACUGCCCAAGAAUUCCAUCUGUUUGAAAUGUCUCAAGAAAGAGACAACAUAUCAGUCGAUGAAAUUCGCACACGCUUCUUGCAGUCUUUUCCAGAAUUUGGCCACAUAUCAAAAACUACUAUCUAUCGAACAUUAGAGAGAGGAAAGAAAGGGUUAAUAGGAAUGGACCCCCCUCCUGAGCGGUAUCUAGAACCUAUUGAGCGUUACUGGGGACCCAAAAAGAGAGGAAAGGCUAGGACAGGGACAGGGCCAGAAUCAACCAAUCACAGUUUACUUGAACCAAAUGUCAGUAUAAUGGAGGAAACGGGACCCAUUGAAACUACUUCGGACAAGGAUAUCAGCAGACAGAGACGUUCGCUCUCUAUUGCAGAGAGAGAGAUGAUCAUUAGUCUUUUCUUCAAUGAAAAUAGAACAAUUAGAGAAGUAGCAGACUUCAUGCACUUAGCUAAAUCAACAGUAUCAUCAGUUGUUCAGGUUUUCAAAAAGGAGCACAGAAUUCAAAGAAAGACCUCAACAGGUCGAAAAAAAAAGCUAUCCGAUGACCACGAACAAAUGAUUAUGGAUAUCCUCUCCCAAAAAGAAGACAUUACUAUAGAAGAAACAAGAAAUAGAUUCCUUUCUCUUAAUCCUGAAGUUCCUAAUAUCAGCAAGAGUACAAUAUAUAGAAUAAUGGAAAACUGUCAGUCAAAGUUGAGAGCCAGAUCUGAUAUGGAAGUAUUUGUUGGUACCUUUGUUCAUUCCACUGAGGAAAGCCCCAUGGUUAUUCUCACUGACAUGGUUAUGGGUGUUCUCAAUACCAAGAUUGAAUUUAUGGAAAGUUUGGAGGAAUUGGACCAUCUUAAGGCAGAGUAUGGCUUCACAGACUCCAACAUUCACUAUAUGACUCCAAGUCAGUUCAUGAUGCCAGGAAUGAUAGACACACACAUCCAUGCCUCACAGUUCCCCAACAACGGUGUAGCUAUGGACCUGCCACUACUAGAGUGGCUGCAAACGUACACAUUCCCAACGGAAGCUAACUUUUCCGACACUCUUUUUGCCAGAGAAGUGUAUAGUAAAGUAGUGGAACGAUUGUUGCGCAAUGGGACAACAACUGCUGCAUACUUUGGAACUAUCCACCUUGAGGGUUCCAAAAUUCUGGCUGAUGUAGUACACGACAAAGGUCAGCGUGCUCUUAUUGGUAAAGUGAAUAUGAUGCGCAAUUGUCCCGAAUAUUACCGUGAGCUGAGUGUGCAGGAGUCUAUCAGAGACACAGAAGAGUUCAUCCGUUAUAUUAGAAGUAUUCAGUCUCCACUAGUGCAACCAAUUGUCACACCUCGGUUUGCCCCCACCUGCCCAGAGGAUCAACUAGCAUCAUUAGGUCAACUUGCAAACAAAUAUGGUUGUCAUAUUCAGAGCCACUUAUGUGAGACCCAACCUGAGUGUAACUGGGUUAAAGAACUUUUUCCAUGGGCCAAGUCCUACACAGAUGUAUAUGACAGUAUGAGACUUCUCAGUGAGAAGUCGGUAAUGGCCCAUUGUAUAUGGUUAGCUGAUGAAGAGAUCUACACUCUUCGUGAACGAGGAGUUGGUAUUGCCCAUUGUCCAAAUUCAAAUAUAUCUAUCCGUUCUGGCCUUUGUGACAUACGUCGCCUGUUAAAUCAUGGGCUUAAGGUUGGCCUUGGUACAGACUGUUCUGGUGGGUACAGUUCCUCUGUGUUAGAUGCUCUUCGUCAAGCACUGCAAGUUUCCAAUGUGCUCGCACUAGAGCGUGAUCAAGAUUACCAGAGACUCACCUUUAAGGAGGCAUUCCGUAUGGCAACGUUGGGAGGUGCCAAAGUGCUAAACAUGGAGGACCGUAUUGGGAACUUUGAAAUUGACAAGGAGUUUGAUGCUUUACUAAUUGACGUAUCUGCACCUGGGUCAGCAGUUGAUAUUUUUAGUAAGGAUACAAUAGAAGAUAAAAUUCAGAAGUUCCUGUACACUGGUGACGAUCGUAACAUUGCUCGUGUCUAUGUGGCGGGCCACAGAAUUUUGGAUCUACACAACAAGAACCUUCACUAAUUCCUUCAAAAGUCUUUAAGUAUGAUGGUAAUAUUUACAUGUUCAUGCAUUGAAGAAAUCAUAUUUAUUCGGUAUGCCUUAUAUAUGUGGAUCUAUUGAGUAGAACCAGUCAUUCUGCCUCAUCCCAGGUUCCUAAUGCAAAAACCUUAAAAAGAACACUAUUUAAGUGUUCUGAUAUACUGUCCAGCAAGUAUGCUCUUAGGUGCCAUAUCUAUAUAAAUGAAAGUUAAUACUAUUUUACAUUAUAAUAAUUAUUGAAAAGUAUUGUAUAUAGCUCAGACAGUUUUCUGGAAAUAGCUUUUACAAAAAUACAUUACUAUAGGACUUUUUAAAAAUAUAAGACAUCCUACUACUUAACGAGGAUUAAUGUGUACCGGUAUUGUAUGGUAUGUGGUAUGAAAAGCUAUUUUAGAAAAUAUUUAUUUUUAAACAAACAUUUAAAUUAAUAAAUGUUAAUGAAAUUGUCAGAAAAUUACAUUUCAAAAUACCCUCCAAAAAAUAAAAAUAUUGGCAAAAGCUUUUUUUCAUUCACUAAGGAUGUUUUAUUAGUUCUAUGGGGUAAUAACAGGAAAACUAUGCAAUAAUCAACCUUAAACCAAAGUUGGAGGUUUUACACAUUCAGCGUUGGCCUAUGUUAAGUGUAAUUCUUCCAUAUAUUUCCAUGCCACUGGUGAAGUAUUCUUAGUGAUUGAAAGAAGCUUUUUUUUUUUCCACCAGUUUUCCAAUUUCUAUAGGGUGUUAUGAUGUACGUACGUACGUGUGUGUGUGUGUGUGUGUGUGUGCAAAAAGCACUUUUCAUCAAGAGGUCAAUACCCAUAUUUAGACAGAAAUGAAGUGAUUGGUUGUCUGUAUAUUUUGACCUUGAACUGAGAUCCUCUUUAGCAGAUAUGAAUGUGAGAGAGAAUAUAUAAGGGGUGAUAAAAAAAAAAAAAAAGUGGGAUAGAUCAAGUGUACAAUCUGUCUUAGAGAAAGUUGAAGGGACAUGGAGCAGGUCAUUAAGAGCUACUUGUAGUAAAGAAUCAGUCUGGUAUCUUCAAGAAGAGAUGCUAACUUGGUAGUAGUAAUAACUUGCAUGUUGGCAUUACAUUUUAUACUUUGUGCUAAAAAGAAUAAAAAGGCACAAUACUGUGAAUGGAAUACACAAUGGUUCAAGUCAAUCAGAAACAUCAUCAUAAGUUUUUCUCAUAUGUGCGGGUUAUUUCUAUAUUGUGCUAGACUUUUUUAAGUAAAUUUUGAGGUCACAUCUGUUUCCGUUGCCCUUUUACAAUAUUAUUAACGUUUAGUAAAAUGUUAGUGGAGGCCUGCUUCUUUUGUUUUUUGCGUGAUGACUUUUUUUUUAUCCUUCAUGUUGAUGUGACUUGAAAUUUUUACUUGUUUAAACAGUAGUAUUUUCCUGGCUAUAGCUGGUGACUGCUAUUCCAUUACAUUAGUUUCCAAACCAUGGCCUGUCUACCCUACAAAAAAAGUUUUCAUAGAGGAUUGACACACACCAGAUGUUUCUCACUUAAUUGAUUGCUUGUGGUAAUUUGAGAAAUAGAUCUCAAGUUUGUUCGGAUAAGAAUACACAUCAGUGACAUUUUUCUUUUCUCAGAAUUGUCUUGAUAUGAUGAGAUGACUAGUUUAGCUACCCUUAAAGAAUUUACUACAACUAGCUAGUCAUUCCAUCUUAUCAAGGCAUCAUGAGAAGUACAAGAAUGUCACUGAAGUUGUGUUUUCUUACUCCAAUAAACUUGGAACUGCUUUUCUAAGACCCAUAUGGUGGUGUAUACCAACUCCCAUGUAACAGCUUUAAGUUAUAUACAUAGGGCAGACAGGCUGCACCUUGGAAACUUGUGUAACAAAAAAAAUAAAAGCUAUUAUUUAUGGCCAAAACUGCUGCUUUUCAACAUGUAAAAACUUUGAGCUACAUCAACAUGGAAAGAAGCCAUCACACACAAAAUGGAAUUACCACUUGCUGACACCCAAUUUAAUUACAUGAAAACAACAAUGGAAAGCAGAUGCAACAUUAAAAUUUGCCUUGCAGAAACAUUUUAGCAGUGUCAACAACAACAAAAACAGGCAAGUCAUUUCUACUACCGAGAUAUCCAACUGACUCUGCUACAAGUAGCUCAUGAUAGCCCUGCCCCCAAAAUUUAAAGCUUGCCAAAAUACACAGCUCAAAAUAUAGACAAACCUAUCAUUCUUAUCUCUGUCUUAAUGAGCACUGACCUCUAUAUACAUUCAUGGGCUUGCUCUCUCUCUCUCUCUCUCACUGCAUUUAGAUAUCUGGGAGUGAACCUGUCAGCAGUUGAAUCAGUGAAAGACCAGGUGAAUCAUAUAAUAGAUGAGGGUAAAAAGGUGGGUGAUGUAGUAAGGCAUCUAUGGAAAGAAGUAAAUCUGUAGAUGCAAAAAAAGGAAAUGUACUACCCACCUUUUUCACUUUAUUCAUUCAUUUUAUCAUAGACCCAUGUGCUGACAUGUCCACUCUUAAAUACUUAAAUAUAUCCACCUCUUCCAUACUCCUACUUUGUAUCAGAUCUGGUAUCCUUUAAUCCCAUACCCCUUCACAACACCCUGAGCAUUCACUUUACAACCCCACCUAUGCACAUGUUAAACAACCACUGUGACAUCCCAUAUCCCUGUAAGUUCUACUUUCACUGGGAAAGUGCCCCCCUCUCUCCUACAUGCCAUAACCUGAGCCUCACUGUGCAUAAAAACUCAAUCUUAUUGAUCCCACUCUAAAACAGUUUCAUACUCUAAGCAAAAUUUUCUGAUACACACUUUCAUUCUCCCAUUGUUUCUUGUUUUGCACCCUACCCUCCACCUCCUCUACUUCCUCUUUAUUUCCUGCACUUAGCUCACCUUUUCCUCAAUAGUUGCUGAUGUAAGUAAUGUGAGGGAGAUGGGAGAACUACACAGAUUAUGAAAAGAUAGCAAAGUUAGAUCACACACCUUGCCUUGAAGACAGCAACCUGCUGAAGAGGGUUUCUGAUGUAAAUCAAAAUAUAGAGUUUUUUUUUUUUUUUUUUUAAUCUUUUUUUUUCUGUCCAAGUUGUUUCUCACCUCUAAUGGGAAAUAAAAUAAUUGUAGUAUAGUUUAGCACUAAAACAUGCUAAUAAUCUACAGGUGUGUGUGUCAUCUGUAAAUGGCUGAAAUGUAUGAGAUGUUGCCAUUUACUCUCACUCAGCUUGGGGCCAUAAAUUUUAACUGGAAAUGUUCCCUAUGGUGAAUAUCAGUGUAGUAUACAACAGUGAUACUAUAUACUGUUCAGUAUACUGUAUUUUUUAAUAUUAAUCAUCAUUUAUAAUAAAUGAAUGCAGAUAGACUUGAAACAAUAAUCAAAGAAUGUUAAAGAUGUAAAUAAUUUUUUCAGGGAUGAUACUAAUAAUAAAUACAGCCUGGUUAUCCAGGCUAGCACCAUACGAGCCUGGCCUAUGGCUGGGCUUCUGGGAGUAGAAUGACUCUCAAAACUCAUCAAAUGUAUUGUGCACGGACACUGCAACAUGAUACAGUGGUGUGUAGGUACAUAUGUAUCUGGUACACUGUAGUGAUGUGUAGUACACUACAGUACAGUGCAUUGGUGUGUGUGGUACACUUAAUGGUACGUUGGAACAUGAUGCACUGGUGUGUGAGGUGUACAUGUAAUAAACAACAACACUGGUGUGUUUGGUAUACAAGUAUGUGUUACACUGGAGUACCUGUGUGAGGCACAUUCAUGUGGUACACUGCAACACUUUAGUGAGGUACACAUGGAUGUAGUACAUUGAAUUUUUAGACCAGGUUGUUCAUGUUAGAUAAUUAUAUAUACAAUGGUUUAAGUAUCAGUAAUGAGGCAUAAAGUGUUCCAGUAUGAAACUAUUUUAAAAAAAAGUAAUUGGUAUCAAAACUCAGUUUGACAGUCUUGAGAUUACCAGUUCAGUAUGCUAUCUGUUAGGCUUCAGAAGAGCAUAAAGGAUAAGGGGUAAUCUUGCUGGUAGUCUCUGGAUGGUCAGACUGAGUUUGAAUCCUGAUCACUUAAAGAGUAUUUUACAUUGAUUCAUGAUGCAUUUCUCAGUACAUGCAAAUCUAUACAGGGCAGCUAUCCCACGGCCACUGUGGACAAACAUUAUGAUGCCAAAUAAAUAAACAAGGUUGAGUUUCCUGAUACCAGCUUGCAGCUGUCAUAUUUAUACACGGCCUUGGUACCAAAUUUAAGAUUUUUAUUUUAUGCACUGAGUACUGCCAAUGAUAUAGUUUAAAGACCUUGAAACACAUUGUUACAAAAUACAUUUUUGUUCUUUUUUUUUAUCAGUCAGGCACUGCCACCCAUUAAUGUACUUGCCUAUUUGUGGUUGCAGGGGUCAAGUCUCAGAUCCUGGCCCUACCUCAUAACUUGCCACUCUUUAGAUUCACUCCCUCUUAGCCUCAUGGGACCUAUCUUAUCUGCUCUAAAACUAUGUAAGGAACCUAUCUCCACCACUUCCUCACCAAGAUCAUUUCAAAUUUGUACCACUCUGAGACUGAAGAAAUACUUCUCAACAACCUUUUGGCUCAUCUGUGACUUUAACUUCCAACAGUGUCCCCGAGUUCCCAUUUCUCGCCUCUCCCUGUUUACCUUAUCAGUUCCCCAAAGUAUUUUGUUAUCAUGUCUUCCCUGAUUUUUCUGUCCUCCAAUGCUGUUAGGUUCAAUUCCAUUAGCUUCUUGUAGCUCAGGAAUAAGUCUAGUUGCAUACUUUUGCACAGGUGCAGGUUCCAUACUGGUGCUGUAUACUUCAAAAUGGACCUUGUCAUAUAUUGUAUAAAGGGUCCUGGAAUGACUUUGUUGAGAUUCCUGAAGGCUAUGCUUAGAUUUGCCCAACAGGUAUUGGCUACAGAGGUUAUUUGGCUGAUGUUAGCCACUAGCAUUAUACUGGCACUUUGCUUACUCCAGAUUUUUCUCUUUGAAUAAAGUCUGCAGCCUCUGUCCCUCUAGUGUCUUCCCAGUUUCAGGAUUCUUACCCUUUACCUGACCAUUCUUGCAAUUUGUCCAGAUACCUUUGGAGCCUUUUCUUGUCAUCUUGUUUUUAUUCUCCUUAGGUUUACAUCUUCAGGAAACAGAUAUAUAUCUGAAUCAGUCACAUCUGAUAUGUCAUUCACAUAAAUCAGAAACAGUACUGGUCUUAAUAUGGAUCAUUGCAGAACCCCGCUAGUUACCCUUUUUUUUUUUUCCAACAUAUCGGCUGUUUCCCACCGAGGCAGGGUGAACUAAAAAAGAAAAAAAAGUUUUUUUUUUAAAUUUAGUAAUUUAUACAGGCCUUAGACAGGGAUGUGUAAUGUCACCAUAGUUGUUUAACAUAUUUAUAGAUGGGGUUGUAAAAGUAGUAAAUGCUAGGGUGUUUGGGAGAGAGGCAAGAUUAAAUUAUGGGGAGUCAAAUACAAAAUGGGAGUUGACACAGUUACUUUUUGCUGAUGAUACUGUACAUUUGGAACAUUCUAAAGAGAAGUUGCAAGGGUUAGUGGACGAGUUUGGGAGGCCGGGUAAAGGAAGAAAGUUGAAAGUGAACAUAGGUAAGAGUAAGGUGAUGAGGGUAUCAAACGAGUUAGGUAAAGAAAAUUUGGAUAUCACAUUGGAGGGAGGAAGUGUAUCUAUUAGUUAUUUUCCAUAGGGAAGUAGAGAAGAAGCUUUCCUCCAUAAGCUAUGCAUGACAUAAGAACAUAAGAAAGGAGGAACACUGCAGUAUGCCUGUUGGCCCAUACUAGACAGGUCCUUCACAAUCCAUCCCACUAACAGAAUAUUUACCCAACCCAAUUUUCAAUUCUACCAAAGCAAUAAGUUUGGAUAAUUCUAUUAACUUAUGUGCAAGUACCACUCAAAUCCAAGCCCUCUCUCUGUAUUUAUCCAACCUAAAUUUGAAACUACCCAAGGUUUUAACCUCAAUAACCCUACUAGGCAGACUGUUCCACUCGUCAACUACCCUAUUUUCAAACCAAUACUUUCCUAUAUCCUUUCGAAAUCUAAACUUCUCUAAUUUGAAUCCAUUACUGCGAGUUCUCUCUUGGAGAGAGAUCCUCAAAACCUUAUUUAUAUCCCCUUUAUUAAUACCCAUCUUCCACUUAUACACUUCGAUCAUGCCUCCCCUCAUUCUUCAUUAACAAGUGAAUGCAAUUUAAGGGUCUUCAAUCUUUCUUCACAAGGAAGAUUUCUUCUUCUUUCUUUCAACGCACCAGCCAUAUCCCACUGAGGUGGGGUGGCCCAAAAAGAAAAGCAAAAGUUUCUCGUUUUAAAUUUAGUAAUAGUAUAUAUAGGAAAAGGGGUUACUAGCCCCUUGCUCCCGGCAUUUUAGUCGCUUCUUACAACAUGCAUAGCUUACGGAGGAAGAAUUCUGUUCCACUUCCCCAUGGAGAUAAGAGGAAAUAAAAAAGAACAAGAACUAGAAAGAAAAUAGAAGAAAACCCAGAGGGGUGUGUAUAUAUAUGCUUGUACAUGUAUGUGUAGUGUGACCUAAGUGUAAGUAAAAGUAGCAAGACAUACCUGAAAUCUUGCAUGUUUAUGAGACAGACAAAAAACACCAGCAAUCUUACCAUCAUGUAAAACAAUUACAGGUUUUCAUUUUACACUCACUUGGCAGGACGGUAGUACCUCCCUGGGCGGUUGCUGUCUACCAACCUACUACCUAGGGGGAAGAUUUCUAAUGCUAUGUAUUAAUUUAGUCAUUCUAAGCUGAAUGUUUUCUAAAGAAUUUAUGUCCAUUCUGUAAUAUGGAGACCAGAACUGAGCUGUGUAAUCUAGGCGAGGCCUUACUAAUGAUGUAUAAAGCUGUAAUAUAAUCACUGAACUAAUGUUGCUUACACUUCUUGAUAUAAAUCCCAGUAAUCUGUUUGCCUUAUUACGUACGCUUAGGCAUUGCUGUCUUGGUUUAAGGUUACUGCUUAUCAUAACCCCCGAAGUCCUUUUCACAAUCUGUAUGGCUAAGUUCUACAUUAUUUAACCGAUAAGUGCUAGGGUUAUGGACACUCCCGAGCUUCAGAACCUUGCAUUUAUCUACAUUUAACUGCAUCUGCCACUUUUCUUACCAGGUAUUGAGUUUGUCUAAAUCCUCCUGAAGUUCCCUGACAUCUACAUUUGAAUCAAUUAUCCUACCUAUCUGUGUCAUCGGCAAAUUUGCUCAUUUCACUAGUAAUUCCCUCAAGAUCAUUGAUAUAAACAACAAUGGGCCCAAGACUGAUCCCUGUGGAAUGCCACUUGUUAUAGAUCCCCAAUGCCAGGAGCAAGGGGCCAGUAACCCCUUCUCCUGUAUAAAAGAAGAAAAACUUUGUUUCUUCUUUUUUUGGGCUACUCUUGCCUUGAUGGGAGACAGCUGUUGUGUUAAUAUAUAUAUACAUACACACAUGCUUACAUGCACAUGCGCACGCACACACAUUAAAUUAUGAACUGUAUUAAGAUUUUAUUUUGCUUCACCCCCAAGGGAGUGAUUUGAUGGUGAUGAAGGGCUCUGGAUCCAAAGAAUUGAAGAUAGCCAUUCCUUCCUUGGAUCAAACCUGUUUACUCCCAUUCCUCAGUGCUUCCCAUGAGUAUUAUGAUUAAUAAUAAUAUUGCUCCACAUUAAAAAUUUCACUUUUUAAGAUAUAUUAUUUAAUUGAUAAUUUCAAAUGUAAUUUAAAAAAUACUGAUAAAUUAUUUAAUUUUUAAUUAAAAUUACUAUCGGUCUUAGUUAUGUGCAAAUUUGUUUCAGAAUAUAUAUUACUCCAGAAAUAUUCCUAAUGUACAGUUUUUCUUAAAUUUUGAUAUUAAAUGUUUAGAAGUUACUGUAUAGACAGAUUAUUCAAUAGAAUUUGUAUAUAACUGUUUAUUGACUUAUCAUGUGUAAUGUUGAUAAACUUAAUAUUAUAAUCUAAAAUAAUGAUGAAAAGGAUUGAUACAUACUUAAUAUACAUAUUUUUCAACUGUUUUGAAUUUUACUUAAAAUAUCCAUAAAUUUGACAUUUACCUCAACAUUUAUUACUUAAAGUGAUAAUUUAAAAAGUAUGGAGUAUAUGGUAGAUGCAUGUUGCUUAAGUUAUUUAGAUCCUUCUGGUCAAGUAUUUGACCACCCCAAAACAAUAACACCCAGUGAGUAUGAGGUGGUUUGAUUACAUGUCUCAUUCUGCCCAGAAUUCCAACUUAAGGACCUUUAAGUUCCAAGCUUCUUGCCUUGGAUUCUAUAAUUUUAACACCAGAGGUGCCACGCUCAUGAGAAUGUUGUUUUUCCAAUUACAAAAACAAAUGGUCUAAUGAUCCAGGGCUGGGCCGAGGGAGUAGGUAAACUCUCAAAACCCAUCCAAGGUACAGUGAGGUACUUAUGAAACUAUUUUAUGCUUUAAUUUACAUCUAGCAUUUUUUUUUUUUCAACAAGUUGGUCGUCUCCCGAGGCAGGGUGACCCAAAAAAGAAAGAAAAUCCCCUAAAAGAAAAUACUUUCAUCAUCAUUCAACACUUUCACCACACUCACACAUUAUCACUGCUUUUGCAGAGGUGCUCAGAAUACAACAGUUUAGAAGCAUAUACGUAUAAAGAUACACAACAUAUCCCUCCAAACUGCCAAUAUCCCAAACCCCUCCUUUAAAGUGCAGGCAUUGUACUUCCCAUUUCCAGGACUCAAGUCUGACUAUAAGAAAAUAUUAUUAUACAUUAUUAUAAUUAAAAUCAAAACCAAGCGCUAAACCCACGAGGAUCAUACAUACAUGUAGUAUUGAAAUCAUAAUCCUUAGUUCACUAAACAUUUGUAUUUAACAAAAAUUAAAUUCACAUCACAUUGUAAAUUUACUAAGCAUUUAUAGUUUCAUAUUCUUCUUGACAGAAACUGAAAUCAUAUGCAGAAAGAUAAUAUUUUUAACAAGCUUGAGUUCACCACAUGCUGAAAUUUAUCAGCAUCAAGCUU